GGCUGAUUUACUUAAUUUAUGAUAGAUUUCCCAAUAUGGGCUUAUAGCCCAGUCCAACACCGAACGACGCCGUCGUGAAGCCCCGUUCUCAAUAAUAUCAUCAUCAACAUUAUAAGGAAAAACCGAUUGUUGUGAAGAAACAUAAGCAAAUUCGAUCCAGAAUUGAACGACUUUAUAAUCGAGAUACAAGAGCUCAGCUGCAUAUCAUAUUCGUAUUCCAUCUCUGAAGAUAACCGUAUUGCAAAAUGUCUUCUCUUGCAGCCGCCAGGGCAGAUAACUUUUACUACCCACCAGAAUGGGAACCAAAGAAGGGUGGGUUGAACAAGUUCCAAGGUCAGCAUGCUCUGAGGGAGAGAGCAAGAAAAAUAGAUCAAGGCAUAUUGAUUAUAAGGUUUGAGAUGCCCUUUAAUAUCUGGUGCGGUGGAUGUGAGUCCAUGAUUGGCAAGGGUGUGAGGUUUAAUGCAGAGAAAAAGCAAGUGGGGAAUUACUACUCAACAAAGAUAUGGAGCUUCACAAUGAAGUCCGCGUGCUGCAGGCAUGAGAUCGUAAUUCAUACCGAUCCUCAGAAUUGUGAGUAUGUGAUCAUCAGUGGGGCCCGAAAGAAGGUUGAGGAAUACGAUGCAGAAGAUGCUGAAACUUUGGUGCUCCCUGUCGAUGACGAUAGAAGCAAGCUCUCGGAUCCUUUCAAGCGUCUCGAACACCAAGAAGGCGACAUUAAGAAGAAGAAAGAAGCCGAACCCACUCUCGUUCGCCUUCAGCGGCUUUCCGACUCGAGGCACUCGGAUGACUACACUAUAAACAGGUCUCUUCGGGCCAGGCUCAGGGACCAAAAGAAUCGAGUGGCCCAAGAAGAGGCCCAUUCGAGAAAAUCGGGCCUUGGAUUAAGACUGCUUCCGGCUUCCAAAGAGGAUGAAGCUGCUGCUUCGCGCAUCAAAUUCGCCACCAAUUUCGAGAGGAACAGGAAAGACAAGAGGGCACUGAUUCAGGCAGCUUCGAUUUUUUCUGGGCCGUCCAAUUCAUCAGGCCCACAAAAAAGGCGUUUGGAGCUUGAGGCCAAGAGGAGAAAGAUAGAUGCUACCAAGGCAUCAAGAUUGUUGGGUGGGGGAAUUAAGCCUUCGUCGUGGGCUCGGGCUUAAGGCACUCGGCUAAAAACCACCUGGCUUGGUUCAAUAUUGUGUUUGGGAACUCGCUAUUACUGUUUGGUGUGUAUAUAUUUUGUAUAAGCUAUGCUAGUAUAAAUCUAGGAAUCUAUCUUAUGCUUUUAUUUUGUACUGAACUCGUCUUUUCUUCCUUUUCUUUUUUUCGACUGAAUGUGAGAAACUCUUGAAUCGUAACUUUUAUUUUUUCAUGGUUGUAUUAAGUUUUUGUCCGAGGGAGAUCCGGUACAGGUAAUGACUUUU